GUCAUCAACAAAGAGGAUGUUUAUGUGUAAUGAUAUUUGUCUGUUUAAGUCAUCGAUUCCUUGAUUACAAUCAAGGAUUUAUUUCACUUUCAACAUUUGGUAAGAUAAACACAUAAAUAAUUCAACACUUUUUACAGAAAGCGUGAUACUUGUACGUUAAUCGUUUAAAUUGUUUGUACCUAAUACUGACACAGGCGACAUUUUGAACCCAAAAGGUGAUGAUCUAACCAGUAGUGCGACAAAAAAAACGAAUGUUAAUGUUUCACGGGAAACAUUGAAUACUUUAACACGAACAAAAAUUUUAAAAUUACAAUUUAACGUAAACAAAUUAAGAUACGGUUAUCUGUUGGACUGAAAAGAUAUGCUUUUACUGAAACAAUUACGCAGUGUCAAAAUGAGCUGAAGGAUACUAAACUAUGAGUACUGCUUGUAAGUAUCCUUAUUACGUCUGUACUCUCGCGGAUUUAGUGGAUGUUCGCCAUAUUUUUAAUCAACAUUUUCUAGAAAAAAUGUGCAGCUUUAAGUCUUUCUUAUGUUCGAGAACGCUAUACGAGAGAGAAGUUAGGGUCAUUGAUCAUGGGUGAAUUUUUUCCGUGCCACCAAAACUAGUAGGCUAAUUGACAGUAAAAUAUAUCAGAUCAUGCGAUUGCAUUAUUACCAACAUUUCAAUAGUUGUUAUUUUCCCGGCACUCUCUUUCUGGCAUUUGUUGAAAAAUUAACAAACUUUUAAUAAGAAAAGUAACAUAACAUAAAGGCAUCUAAGUUAGAUAUUACUUUGUCUUCACUAUUUAGACAAUAAGAGGCAGGUUAUGGCUUAAGAGGAUUAAUUUAACUGUGCAUUAUUUUACCUAAAAACUGGCAGGGACAAAAAGUCAGUCGGUUAUACAUUUUUAUUUAACCUGAUGAUAUAGGUAAUAAAAGUAUGCAAGGGUAUUGAUGAAAUCAUUAAAGAUACAGUUUUACAGGAGAUUGUAAGCCAUGAAUAAAUUUCAGCACAAUAUUUUCAGCAAUUUCAUAUUUUAGCAUGCAUUCUUUUGUUUAAGUAUUAUAUAAUGCUGUAAAGACAGAUGAAAUUUAUGUCAUCAGUGGCAGGUAAUAAAUAACAUUAAAGGUCUAGAACUCUGAUUUUAGCUGUAAAAUUUUCUGCAUGUUUUUUUAAUAGGUUGUCAACAGCUAUGGCUUGCAAAACUUUCUAUAUUUUAUGAUAUACUCUGGUAAACUUUGUCAUCUACUGCAUCAGUGAUAGUUAAAAUAGCAAUUAAAUAAAGAGAUGUUAACUAUUGGUAAAACACCGUAAUAAAAUAACUGAAGUUGAAUGUUAAGACGCUCACAAUUGCAAUCCAGCAAAUUCCAAAACAAUUAAUGCAGGGAAAAUAAAAAUGUUUUGGUAAGUAGAAUACCAUAUACUAAAUGCCGGUAGCAUCAGCAACCUAACCUCUGGAGGAGUAACAGUCUUAAAUAAAAUGCUAAAAAGGAUAAGUAAGGUCAACAUUCCUGGUGAUUUGCCAAACAUGAGGACCUGAUGAGCAAGUGGGUCACACCUUAUGCUUCCUACCUAUAUCAGAAAAGUUGUGGUAGGAGCAUCGAGUGUGGUUACAGACCCUACAAGAAGACCAUGUACUCCCUCCCCUCCCCAUUUCAUACUGUUCCUUUCCCAGAUAAAUGAAUUCACUUAAAAACAAUUUUUAAAUUUUAACUUUAAUUUGAUUUUUUUGUUUUGUUUUUGAUUUGUUAAAAAAAUAUAAAGUGGGAAAAGAAAACAAUAUUGCCAAAAAAAAAAAAUUUGCCAGAAAAAGGAAAAAAGGCUCUGUUGAAAAAAAAAGUUUUAAUGAAUAAUCCCACAAAAGCAUUUAAUCAAAAUGACCAUUGUAAUUGUCAACAAAUACUAUUGUUUGUUGUUCAGUUUUGGAUUAAAUCAUCUUUUCACAUAUCAGUCACAGAGAGGAAAGAUUGUUAAGCUGAGUGACUGCACAGCUUUAUUGUCAGCAUCUGGCAAAACAUUUUCAAGAGGGGAUAGGUAGUAACUACUGCUGCUGUCUGUAAUAGCACAUGUAACAGUAGAAAUGAAAGAAUCAGUGUUUACAUUAUAUUGCCAGAACAGUGAAAAAUUAUUUGAUUUGAAUGAUUUCAUAUGUACACAUUGAAAGCUGGAAGUGUGUGCUGCUGAUUUUGUCUGUCUGGUGUGUUCUGGGAAAGCUCUUGUGAACAUAGCCAAAAGAGACAUUUUUUGUGUUGUAAGAAAUUUCCUAAUGAACUGGAUCUGAUCUGACAAUGAAGAGACAUUUUUUUUAUUCAUAGAUAAUUUUUAGACCUUUUAUUUCUGUAUUUUUUUUAAUCAGUGUGAUCCGAAUGCCAAAGUAGAAAGUCUUGUCAAUAUUUUCCCUUCACUAUGUGUCAGAGCAGUACUUUAAUCCAACAAAUGACAUCUUUUUUUUACUGUUGAUAUUAUAAUGGCAUUACCCUUGUGAAGAGAAAAAGUUGGGUAUUGUGAAAUGGCAUUAUUACAGAUUGUGUGUACAAAAUGAGCAUGUUACUCAGUAUAGCUGUGGGUUAUACAUGAUGAGACAGUUGCUAAGCUUUAGGCAAAAAUCUGUUGAAAGCAACACUUUUAACAUUGUAUAAAACCUACAAAUUAGUAAGGACUGCAGAAAUAGAGAAACCUGAAAGGAUUAGUGCUCUGAGGGGUUUCUUCAUUUCUGGAAGUUUGCUGGAGACAAAGAGUGGGAUCCAUUUCUGUGGCACUGCCUCACCAGGUUCCUUUCGUCAAGUGUGAAAUUCUUUUCAGCCAUUACAAGCUUCAGUUUAAAGAUAUCAAGUUCAACUUCAGAAUCUUCAACAACCAAGUUUAAAGCAGCUGAAAAUGGCCACUACUGGUGAUGAUUGCUACUUCUAUUACUACUCCCAAUGUGCAAAGGGUGCAAUGUGUCCAUUUCGCCAUAGUGAAGCAGCUCUGGGUACAGAGACAGUUUGCAGGGGAUGGCAGAUAGGCUCUUGUUUUCGUCCAAACUGCAAGUUUAGGCACAUGGAAAUACAGACUGACCGCUCACAGAUACCAUGUUACUGGGAAAACCAGCCAUCAGGCUGUACCAAAGCACAUUGUGUGUUCAAGCAUUUCAAAGCCAAACCGGAAGUUGCUCCAGCUAUGACAGUUGCCCCUGUCAACAAUCAGCUUACAGCUGUUCCUGUGGAGGGAAGCUUGGUCACAUCACCACCCCAAGUGCCUGGAGGAGCUAGCAGUACAGCCUUGCUGUCUGGGUAUGCAAGUGUCAGCACUGUCCCUAAAAUAAAUGCUGGUGCUAUCACAGAACUAGAUGAGACUGGACAAACUCUGUCAGGCCACUCCAGCCCUGUUGUCAAACCUGUUAUUGUCAACACCAUGGAAGAAGACUCUGAUCAUGAAAGCAUUGUAAACUCCCCACCAAAGUCUGAUCGUAACAAAUCAGCAGUUUCUUCCACAGCUAACCAGGAGAACGCGGUGGGAAUUGGUCUCAGUGAUGUUUAUCAGCCCAUUGUUGGCCGAUCUGCUGUGAGCUUGAAGUCUGAAGCAUCUGAUCAAAUUGGUAUUUUGAGUCUUGAAGAAAUCCACAGAAAAAAGGCCUUAGAGUCAAUGAGAAAAGCUGAAGCCAUGACUGCUGCUUCCACGCUUGAGGGUAUCAAAGUUGUUCCUGUAUUAAAAGAGGACUUCAUAGACAUUCGUCGUGUAGUGGUCAGAGAGGAAAAUCCUGCAGCCUCUCCACCAGCAAGAGUCAGCAUUCAGGAAAGACUGGGUAAACUUUCACCAGCAAAGAAAGGGGCAACAGAGUUGGAACCAGCAAAAGAAAGGGCUUCACUUCUGUCUCUGCAAGAUAACAAACGCUUGAGGGCCAGGAUUGGUGAAAAGCAAGAUAACACCAUUUCUGGAGUGCAGAAAAAAAGAAAGAUAACUGUUAUUGAAGGAAGAGAGAAAACUGAAAAGGAUGAUGGGACUCUUUCUGAGCUUCGGAACAAGAUAGAUCUGAAGCGAAGGCAGAAAGAAGUUAAAGAGCCUUCAGAUAUCAGGCAGGAACAAGACUUAAAUGUAAAAGUCCUUACUUUAGAGGAAAUACGUCGCAGAAAAGCUUUAAAUCAAGAGCUGGAAAAAACAAUUGAGGAAAGAGAAAUGGACAGUGACAGCUCUUCAUCGACUAAAAUUAGAAAUGGCCUUACUUUGUCAGAUAUCAGACAGCGGAAAGCUCAAAAACAAAAGUACAGAGAUUUUGAUAAUCCAGAAACAAAUUCAGAUGUACCGGUGCUAAGCUUGGAGGAAAUUCGUAGACGAAAACAAACGCGUCAACAAGACGAACAAGAAUUCUUACCAUCUAAAGAAAACAGUGUUAAAAAAUCAUUAGAAGAACAUUCUCCAAAAACAAGGAAAAAUAAGUACAGAGGACUCACUGAAGGUUAAGAAAAUCAAAGUGUCAGUCAAAAUGGAUCCUUCCAAAGUCACAACUAAGGACAAGACUUCAGGAAUGAAAAAGCCUAAAGUGGAACGACAAAUUUAUAUACCUCCAGCUAUGAAAAGUUCAGCUAUUUCUGCACCAAGAGUAACGCUGCAGACCAAAAUAGUUCCAUCCGAUGACCAGCUUGAAAAAAUCUGCCCCAGAGAAGCAAAGAAAGGAAAGGGCUUAAACAGUAAUGUAAACACAAUGGAAGGUGAAGGAGUGGUGGUGAAGACGUUCAGUGAAAUCAUGGCAGAGAAGCGACGGAGAAGACAAGAACAACAGCGUCAGGAGACAGAGGAAAAAGGAGGGGAUUCCAGUAAAAAACCUAAGUUCCAGUUCAAGCCUAUCACUUUUGAUGAUCAGGAAGAAAUUAUUUUUAAAGAGCAAUCAUUAGCUGAACAGAACCAAGUUGAUAUUUUGGAGACAGCAACAACUCUGAGGAAAGUGCUUUGUCCAUCAAAAACUUCAAAAUUGUGACUGGGAAAAGUCCUGGAAGAAAAGAGUUAUCUAAAACUCCAAAAGACUUAGAAGGACAGUCCAAAACUGUGGCACAGACCAAACCUGUAAUUUUAGAGAAUGCAGGGCCAAGUGAAAUACGAGUAGGUCUCACCACCUUAUAUUUGGAUCAGCUUGACCAGAAAACAGUCAGUCAAAACACCAACCCACCCUUAGUCCAUCGCCUUCACAUCAAGUAAACAAGAAGCAUGAGCCAACAGUUGGUGAUAAAGAGACUCGAGUCACUUCUGCAUCCUCCUCGUCAUCAGCUGUGGAGAGAGAUUUUGAAUCAAACAUGACAUCACAUUCUACUUCUAGAGUUAAAAAUUCUUCUGCUGACUUCACUUCCAAUCAGCUUGUUGCCUCUGUUUCAAACAGAAGAGUGCCCAUUACUGGCAUAGAUUCCGUAGAUGAUUUUCUUUCGGACAAAAAGGCUGAUUCAUCUGUAGCAGUCGCCGAGAGGGAAGCCAUAGAAUCCCCUGCUGCACCACAGAAUGUCACCAGGAGAAAACAGUCCAUCUACAAAAACCUCAGGACCAACAGUGAUCCAGAUGAUUUGCUUUACAUGGGUGACAAAGUUGUUGUGGAUGACGAUCAGCUUGAUGACCUUCUCAUGGAUAUUGACAGUUUACUGGAGUAGACCCCAAUCCCCCCUUAAUCCACCUGCAACAUUUUGACUAAUCUUCUUUGUUAGAAUUGUUACAUGUUGUCAUGAGUGUUGUCAUGGCUUCUGUGAAUUCAUGAACAUGAGACUGGAGCAAAUAUGGGCAAAUAUUUUACAUUGGUUGGAGAUGUAAUACUUUAAAGCAGAAAAAAAAGGAAAAAAACAUGUUUCUGUAUCAGUUUUUUGACACAAGUACUGCAUCUCACAUCACCUUUGUGUUUGCAUUGACUUUGGAGGAAGAAUGAUAGAGCUAUGAGACAUGAAUGUGGAAAUGGAUUUGAUGACUUAACAGAGCCAAGUGUUUAUCUGUGGACACAUCAGCUCUGAUGAGUCAGCCUUUGCUUUUAUGAUCAGAGGACUGCUGUUCUUUUCGCUCAGAAAGUUCUUCUGCUCAAAAGAUGUGAUUAGUGCUUGAUAUACUUAGGAGAUGCAUAUGAUGUGAAAUGUUUGUUUGAACAAAGAUGUGUACAAACAUUUGUCCAUGUUAAAAAUAAUGCACAGCCAUUUUUUUUUUUUAAAUUGCAUGUUAAGAUGUAUAUCGUAGGCCAAAACACGUGAAGUGUAGCAUUCCUCAGGCAUUAUCUUUAUGUUGAUGUUUCAGAUACUCGGAGGUCUAGAACAUUAUACAACAGUAAAGUUGAUUUGUCUCUUCCAAAAGGUGACUGAAAGGAUAAAAAAAAUUUUUAAAAUGUACAACUCACACAUUUGCAGAUAUGGUACUUAAAGUGCUGAAGAUGAUGUUUUAAAAUUAAAUAAUAGUGCAAUCUCUUCUGAUAAGCCUGAUUUUACUUGAAGUUUGAACUGUCAUUAAAAAAAAACCCAGAGGUAUGACAUUGUUCAGAUGAUUUGUAUGAUUAUCACCAUGUGGCAUUUGUGCUGAGAUUUUUUAUUUUAUAAAGCUUCUAUACUUGAAAAGUAAAGCUACAUUAUAUUAAUAAAUCUCGUUUUGGGCAUCUCUUACUGUGUAAGACAAAUUGCCUAUCUCUUGCUUGCUUCCUUGAAUGUUUUCCUUCACUGAUAAAAAUCAAAUGAAGAAAAUCUUGCAAGCCUUUUCCUAUGAUGGUUGCUUCAGAGCAGUUUCCAACAUCCUUCACUUUAUGAUAUAGGCGAAAUUGUUUGAAAAUACUCCUACAUGUGGAAUAAAGCCAAUUUUCCUCAAGUAGGCAUUAAUGCUUGACUUCAGCAUCAAAGCAAUCCACGCAGUUAUGAUGAUACAGCUUAAGGAAUGAUUGCAAUGCAUGUAAUGCAGUGAAUAUACCAUAUUAGUACUUCACAAUUUUCACCUUGUAAUAAAGUAUGUGAAUCAA